AUGAAUGUGGAUCCACCUUGCUCCCAAAGCCAACCUUGCCCCGAAGCAUCAGAUUCUAGAGAUUCUUCACCAACACCUGUGAUCUGUGGGCCUGAAGAAAAGUAUCCAUCCCUGCAGAUGUCUUCUGCUGAGAUGCCACAUGCAGAGACUGUUUCUCCGCUUCCUUCUUCCACGGAUGUGCUUAUUCAGGGCAGCCCCGGUUCUUCCACCAGUCCCAAAGUAAAACUGCCUGCUUCUGCAGAGAAGAGCACAGUGAAAAAGGAAGAGAAGGUAAAGAAACAGAAGACAAGGACCGUCUUCUCUCCCACCCAGCUGUGUGUUCUCAGUGAUAGAUUCCAGAGACAGAAAUACCUCAGUCUCCAGCAGAUGCAAGAGCUUUCCAGCGUCCUCAACCUUAGCUACAAACAGGUUAAGACCUGGUUCCAGAACCAGAGAAUGAAAUGUAAGAGGUGGCAGAAAACCAACUGGCCAAAGAAUAGCAACAGUGCGGCUCAGAAGGGCUCUGCACCUACAGAAUACCCAAGCCUCUACUCUUCCUAUCACCAGGGAUGCCUGGUGAACACAUCUGGAAACUUUCCUCUGUGGAGCAAUCAGCCCUGGAAUAAUCCAGCUUGGAGCAACCAAACCUGGAACAGCCAGUCUUGGAGCAACCAUUCCUGGAACAGUCAGACCUGGUGCACCCAAGCCUGGAACAAUCAGGCCUGGAACAACCCGUUUCAUAACUGUGGAAAAGAAUGUCUGCAGCCCUGCAUGCAGUUCCAACAAAGUUAUGCCAGUGAUGUGGAGUCCACCAUGCAAACCACUGGGGAAAGCCAUAAUGUAAUACAGCAAACCACUAAGUAUUUUAGUAACACACAAACCAUUGAUUUAUUUUUAAAUUACUACAUGAACAUGCAGCCUGAGGCUGUGUGA